GCUAUUAAUUUUUUCAUCAAAAAAUUCUAAUUGAAUAUUAGACAAAUUAAUUUUAUUGCAUAUUUAAAUUGGAAAAAUCUAUAUCUGUCAAUUAUAAUUUUUUAUAAUGUAUAAAAUACAAUUAUGUUGGCUGUAACAGAAAACGGGACGAAGAAUGUAAAAUCGUUUUAUGUAAAUAAAGUAAUAAAAUUGUCAAUUAAAAGUAAAUGAUUAAUGAUAUAAUUGUUUAGUACGUUUCAUUAUAUUAUUCAAACUAACAAGCUAUUUUUAAUCUAUAUUGAUACAUGUUGUUAAAGUGUAAAAUAUUGAACAUAUAAAAAAAUUGCAUGUGCAUGAAGUGAAAACUACUGUUAGUCGUCUCACUAUUAAACAUGUUUAUACUGAAUUCAUUGCACUCUUUGGGGAAAAUAUGGUAAAAAGAAUUCAGGAUAUCAGAUAUUUUGUCAAAUAUCAAUGAAAAAAGAUUGAGCAAUAUUAAUAUGACCACUGUCGAGUCUACAAGUAAUAAGCUUUACCAUGUUUUGAGUCAUCUUCAAUAUGAAUAUCUCCUUGCUGGAAUUGCAGGAGGAACUAUGUCAACUUUAGUACUUCAUCCUUUGGAUUUGAUCAAAGUUCGCUUUGCUGUGAAUGACGGACGUUCAAAAUCAAUACCGUCUUAUAAUGGAUCAGUUAAUGCUUUUAUGAAAAUUAUUAAAACAGAAGGAUGUCGGGGAUUAUAUAGAGGGAUGAUGCCUAAUGUCAUUGGAUCUGCGAGUUCGUGGGGUACCUAUUUUCUAACAUACAACUCUAUAAAAACCUGUAUACAAGAUACAAGUAUCAAUGAACAAUUAAGUCCUUGGAUGCACAUGACGGCGGCCGUAAACGCUGGAAUUCUUACACUCUUGCUGACUAAUCCAGUAUGGGUUAUUAAGACUAGACUUUGUUUGCAGUAUGCUGAAGAUAUUCAUUUAUCAGUUUCAAAACAGUACUCAGGAAUGAUUGACGCAUUAAAUAAAAUCAGAAUAACUGAAGGAAUUACUGGAUUUUACAAGGGCUUUAUUCCCGGACUAUUCGGUGUUUCUCAUGGUGCUAUACAAUUCAUGAUUUAUGAGCAAAUGAAAAUCAAAUAUAAUAUAUAUAGGAAGAAAUCAAUUACUAAUAAAUUAGAUACUACGGAGUAUAUAAUCUGUGCAGCUAUUUCUAAACUGAUUGCAGCAGCCAUAACAUACCCAUAUCAAGUGUUAAGGGCAAGACUCCAAGAUCAUCACCACAACUAUCGAGGAACGCUUCAUUGCACUCUAAGUAUAUGGAGAUACGAAGGAUGGCACGGAUACUAUAAAGGACUGAGUAUAAAUUUAAUCAGAGUAAUACCAGCAACAAUAAUAACAUUUGUUGUAUAUGAGCAUACGUCACAUUGGCUCUUAAAUGCAUAAAAAUUCAUAGAUAACCAAAAGAUUUACUUUUAGAAUUAAACAUUUUAUCAAUCUUAAAAAGUUAUAUUUUGUAUUAGGAG